UUUCAAUGAUCCAACGAUGCCAAGUGUAUCAACCUUGCUGACCAACACGUCUCUGGUGAUCCUUCAGAGUCACGUCAGCUUCAGUUACCCUCGACCCCAUGUGCCCAACGUGAUUGAGACCGGAGGAAUGCAUAUCCAACAACCACAGGCGCUACCAAAGGAUCUGAAGAAACUAAUGGACGCCGCAGAGGACGGCAUCAUAUUUUUCAGUAUGGGUUCUGCUGUAAAGAGCUCAGAUUUUCCCGAGGAGAAGCUCCAGGCCUUUAUAGGCGCGUUCUCCAGGCUGAAACAACUCGUCCUCUGGAAGUGGGAGAAUGACACGAUGCCUGGUAAACCACCGAAUGUACAUCUGAGCAAAUGGUUUCCGCAGUCUGAUUUGUUAGCCCACAAGAACAUGAGACUGUUCAUGUCUCACGGAGGACUGCAGAGCACUCUGGAAGCGACGGCUCGGGGAGUUCCGCUGAUCGGGAUGCCAGUAAUGGCUGAGCAACGUUACAACGUCCAGAGGGUCGUCAAGCACGGUUACGGGAUCAGACUGGAUCUCACCAACGUAACUGCCCAGUCUGUGGAGUGGGCUGUUUACGAAGUUUUAAAUAACCCAAAAUACCGCGAGAAGGCGGAGCAGCGGUCCCGCCUGUUCUGGGACCGCCCAGAGAGCCCUGUGGAGACGGCAGUCCACUGGACAGAGUACGUGUUGAGGCACCGGGGCGCCCCCCACCUGCGCAGCGCCGCCCUCCACCUCAGCUGGUACCAGUACCUCCUGCUGGACGUCGCUGCCCUGCUGCUGUCUGGAGCGCUCCUAGUUCUCACAAUCGCUGUCGUGGCAGUCAGGACACUCUACAGGCUAAUCACAGCAAAGACGUCUCCACCACAUGAACAAAAGAGAAAGAAGACCACGAAAAAAGAAUGAAGAAGAUAUGAGAAGCUAGCUGCGCUGUACAUGAAAGAUUUGAAACUGAACCCAAGUGAUUGACAGUGCAAUGGCAUCACGUUCACCACGGAUUGCCUGACAUAUAAUAAUUAGUGUUGCCUCGGAUCGCAUCGAUUUUUGUCCUGUCCUAUCCGACAAGUUGUAUUACAGUCUGAACGAUAUUCUGCAGCUACAGUGCUGAUAUCUCUACUUACUAGUCAUUCCUGAGAAUGGUGCCUAUUACCAGAUGGGAAGCAAUGGACUUUUCCAGCCAAUGGGGCGUUUAACUGCUUUAUUCUGUCAUUAACUGUAGCAUAAAUAAGAUACAGGACCCCGCUUGAUAACGGUGAAUACAGCAUAAAUAUAGAGGUAGCAACGUUUCACUGUGGAAUACAUAAUGUGCCACAAAUUAUAGUAGUUAAGAUAAGUGAUCAUGCCAAAAUACCAGAUGUAAAGCUUUGGGGUUUCCAUUGAUAUUUGAGUCUUAUGCUUUCAGUCAAAUUGGUUUCUCCUUCUGCCAUUACUCAAGUUAAUUAGAGAGUGCUAGAUUCUUAUUUGGAGCUCUUAGUGGAAAGUGCGACGCACGGUCUCGGUAUCAGUUCCUCCUGCUGUUUCCUGGAGCGCUUCUAGUGCUUAUAAUCGAUUAGUGGCUGUUAGGGCAGAAGAUUUCUCCGUCACACGAACAGACGAAAAGAAAAUCACGACAAAGGAAUGAAAAAGAUGUGAGAAGGUAGCUGCGCUGUCCCUGAAGGUUCGAAAACUGUUCGUUGACGCCCUUCCCUUCACCAUGGAUUGCAUUGCAAAAGAUCAUUACUGGUGCCUCUAGUCACAUCGAACGUUUUCCGGGGCUAAUCUCUGAUCGAUAUUCUGCAGCGACAAUGUUGGUAUUUCUACAUUCUAGUGCUUCACCAGAAAGGUAUUAGAAAUGGAUGGGAAGCAAUGAAAUUCUCAAGCCACUGAUGUAUUGAUCAGCGAAAUUCGUUAACUGUUAGAAUAAUAAGUCACAAAGCCCUGUGAAACUGGUCCUAAAUUUAUUCGAUUCUUCUGAUAAGUCACGAAGAAAAAGAUUAGUUUUACGGUAUUACCAAUAACUAAUUUCAACAGAAACUAAAAUGACAGCGGAUUCAUAUCAAAAUAAAUACUGUAUAUCUGCGACAUACAACAUUAAAUGCGGAGGCUGCAACAAACAAUGUGUGGGACAAAGGGGUUACGAAUUUAACAUAAGAUUCUUACAAUGUAUCUCACGGGCAGCAUGUGCCAAGUCUACUUUUCGUUUACACGUCCUCAAUAACUAUCAUUUCGUUGUUGAUGUUGAGGAAACUUUACAUGCAGCUCCAAAAAGUGUACUGCUGAAUACCUUACAAGAAAUAGAAAUCUGCAGUGAUGGCAAGAAUAACAAACAAACAGACUUGGGAGAAAAACAUUUUUACGAUUUAUUUUCUGAUCAACUUUCAAAUUAAUAUUUUCAGUUUUGGGCUGAUACCAAACUACUGUUUUGCUCAUUGUCCAUCCCCUUUGCCCUCGCGGCUAUAGCUACUUGACUAUCAUAGAAUUCAGUUUUGUAUGUAGAUCAUACAUACACAUUUUGUAACAUUUUUAUGAGGUUCUUCAUGUCACCAUGA